CGGCCCUGAACUAGACGGCUCGAGAAACCGCGCAUGGUUCCGUCACAUCCCGCACCAAGGCUGGCGCUGGUCGGCCGGCGGCGGGGGGGCACUUUAGAAAAACCACUGACAAGAAUAUAUGGAAUUCUUAGUGAUAUCAAAACAGUUUCUCUGAAAAUUUGGCUAAUUACAGAAUUAUGGUUCGACUAACAGUGGAUCUAGUUGCUAAAAGCAUCAAUCACAAAAACCGCAAAGAAGAAUCUCUGGCACAGUACCUGAGGAAGAUAACUCACCUGAACUUAUCAGAUAAAAAUAUUGAUACAAUUGAUGACCUCUCUUUGUGCAGAAAUCUUAAUGUCCUGUAUUUGUAUGAUAACCAAAUUAGACAAAUCCAUAACUUGUGCUUUGCUUCAAAUCUAACAUACCUGUACCUGCAAAACAAUUGCAUUUCAUGUAUAGAGAACCUCACAUCACUGAAAAAACUUGAGAAACUGUAUCUGGGGAGCAAUUACAUCACAGUAGUAGAGGGCUUGGAAACAUUAGAAGAACUGAGAGAGCUACAUGUUGAAAGCCAGCGGCUUCCUCUCGGAGAAAAGCUCUUGUUUGAUCCAAGAACUCUUCAUUCCCUGGCAAAAUCUUUGUCAGUGUUGAAUAUCAGCAAUAACAAUAUAGAUGAACUGGGAGAAUUAGCACUUCUGGAAAAUAUUUCUCAUCUUAUAGCAGUUGACAACCAACUUCACCAUGUGAAGGAUUUGGAGUUUGUAUUGAACAAAUGGACCAAGCUGUGCAGAAUGGAUCUUAAAGGGAAUCCUGUUUGCCGCAAACCAAAAUACAGGGACAGGCUUAUUAUACAGUCAAAAACUCUAGAAUCCCUUGAUGGGAAAGAAAUAAAAGAAAUAGAAAGACAAUUCCUAAUGAAUUGGAAAGCAUCCAAAGCCUCUAGGAAAAAAAGCAAGGAAGAGAGUAUGACAAAUGAACAUGCAGCUUAUCCACAUUUCUAUGACUUUGGAACAGGCCAUCCCAUUGUUCCUGUUUAUUACAAUCCUUCUGGAAAAGGAAAACCAAAAUUUGUUAUUUUAUCUGAGCUACAUAGGUCUCCACAUAACCGAGAAGAACCUCUGCAAAGACCCCAGGAAGGAAGUAAUGUUAAUGUUAGCAAAAAAUUCAGUCACCUGACCUUGAAAGACUCUCAAAGUUCACUGCUAAUAAAAGAUCUAGCGGAACCUCAUCUCCUCAGUUAGAUACCCCUGUAACCAGCGGCUGCAGAGACAACUACAUCUUUCUGUUCACUUCAUUCUCAACAGAAUUUAUUGCAACAUCAUAAUUAGAGUAUAUCAGAGCCAGUGAUGAAAUGAUCCAAGCAAGAGCCUAAUAUUUUAAUUAAAAAAAACACUAAAUAUUUUGUACAAGAAGAUUUUUCCUUUUUUGCUCACAUAGGAGAGUGUGACCACUAUUUUGCAUAAUACGUGUGGAUGCAUUAAUUUAUGCCUAUUUUAUGGUAACAUCUUUUGAAAUAAAAGGCUUUCAGUUUG